AAAAUACAAAGCCCAUGAAGCCCACUAUAUAAGCAACCGUCUAGGGUUUUUUCUCCCCUCGUCUAUUGUUUCCUGCUUCCUAUCAGCAGCCCAUCCUCGACCAUGGCGGAACAGACGGAGAAAGCAUUUUUGAAGCAACCCAAGGUUUUCCUGAGCUCCAAGAAAUCUGGAAAAGGAAAGAGGCCUGGUAAAGGUGGAAACCGCUUCUGGAAAAGCAUCGGAUUGGGUUUCAAGACACCCAGAGAGGCCAUUGAAGGAACAUAUAUUGACAAGAAAUGCCCUUUUACUGGCAAUGUCUCUAUUAGAGGCCGUAUUCUUGCUGGCACUUGCCACAGUGCAAAAAUGACAAGAACCAUUAUUGUACGGAGGAAUUAUCUUCACUUCAUCAAGAAAUACCAGAGGUAUGAGAAACGGCACUCAAAUAUCCCAGCACACAUAUCCCCUUGCUUUCGUGUCAAAGAAGGAGAUCAUGUUAUCAUUGGCCAAUGCAGGCCAUUGUCAAAGACGGUGAGGUUCAAUGUGCUGAAGGUCAUUCCAGCAGGGUCUUCUGGUGGUGCAAAGAAGGCUUUCACAGCGAUUUGAGAGGCUUGAUUUUAUGUUAUCAUGCAGCUUUCUUAAAAGCUCAUAUGAGAUGACAGUGGCUGUUUCAUGAUCAUUUAGAUGAAGUCCAUGAAAGAAGUUAGUCCUUUUGACAACCUGGAUUAUGUUCUAGUCUUUUAAUACUUUUGGAAGUGAGACUGCAGAAUGCAAAAUGUAUGUUGACACAAUUUUGAGUACAUUUUUAACUUUAUUUGUGUGGCUGAUGAGUCAUGUUUGUUUA